AUGAGUGAAAGAGAUCUUCAAGGAUUUAUUACAACUCAAAGAAAUAGCAAUAUAGACAAUUUGGUUGUUCGUGUGAAAAAUGGCCUCACAAGUUCAAAGUACAAACCUGUUGAUUAUGAAGAACUCUAUGCAAUUACUGAAGCGAAGAAAUUACAGUCUGCUAACAUCCUUUUAAAGAUUAAAAAAUUACAGCAUGCUUCAAGAAUGAACAAGGAACACAUGCUGCUGAAACGUCAUCGCCAAGUAUGGUGGAAGGAGCACAAAAGAUUGCACGAAAACAGGCAGAAAUUAGAAUCUGAAAUUCAAGUAUUCUUUGAUGAAGAAAAUGAAUGUUUUUUCGACUUGUGGGAUUUGCGAUAUAAAUUAACAAAAGGCUUGGAUACAUUUCAAGCAAACACAGUGCAACCUGUCUGGCAGCUAAGGGAAGAUUUAAGGUACAGAGUAUUAGAAAUGCAAACCAACUGCAAAAGUGUGGAAUAUCAAUUUAAUCCAGAUGCUGUUUUAGAAGAGAUAGAGUUUGUGAAGAAACAACAGAAAGCAAUUUUGGGAAAGCUUCAUCUGGAGAGAAUAGCUUUGGAAAAGGAGCUUGAGGAAUUUAUAGAUGAAGCCCUGGCAUGUACUUUAGAGGAAAGGACCACAUUUGUACCUGAGCUUCCACCACAGUUAUUGGAGCUGGAGUGCCCAUAUCCUGAUCUGAAGGCUUCUGUGCUUACUGAAUUUUAUAAACUUGCAGAUGACUAUUCUUUGAAGAUCCAAGAAGCUGAUCAAGACUUAAAAACCAUAGCGAGCAGUUUCCAGUGGAGUAAAGAAGAUCUUUGGAAAUAUCAGAUUGUCAUUGGUCAGUAUCCAAGUGACAUGCAAGGUAGAAGAAUGCUCUAUUUGGAUAUGCUUCAGAAACUUCUACCUCACAAAUCUAGACAAAGCCUUAUUGCUCAUGAAAAGUCUUGGGACCACUAUUACUUUAGCAGGAACCAAUUGAGAGUGCUGAUGUUCAACUGGAUACAAGCUAGGAAAACAUUCAUAGUGAAGGCGGUGAUGACUCUCGCUGAAGCUUGCACUGCUUAUGAGACUGAAACGAUGGUGGCUAAUAAUAGAAGAAAACAGCAGGAAAUAUGUGCUAAUCUGAAAGAGAAGGUGCUGUUGUGGCGUGCCCAACAAGAGGAGGCUGCCCGGCUGGAAGCUGCAAUUGCCGCCCGAAGAAAAGAAGAAGAAGACGAAAAGGAGAAGUUUGCGAAAGAGAAAGAAUUGCUUCAAAGAGCUGAGGAUAAAGAAAAAGUGAAAAAAUACUGGGCUGAAAAACAGCGCAAGUGGCAAGAGAGGGAAGCAAAAGACCUCCUGCGUCUGGCGGAAUGUAAGAAAUUAAUGGCUGAGCAGAUCAUUAAAGACAAAGAGAGAGUUCAGUUUAGGCAAAAGCUAUUGGAAAAGCGUUUGUUGGAGAAAAAAGAGGCAAUCCUCAAGGAAGUCGAGGAAGAAGAAGGAAGGAAGAAGCGCCUAGAUGCUCUCAGGAAACAGGUUGCUAUUGUGGCAGAAUUUGAUCCUGCUAGGAUGGUGGCUGAUACAGUGGCCUCUAAGGCACGGAUGGGUAUUGGAACUGAAGAAGAAUUUAUCCUACAGAAACCUCUGUUUGUGUUGCAUACAUUCAAUGAUGAGCAGAUAAUGUCUGACACCCGAGUUCGUGUUGAGCUGGCCCUCCGAGAUGCUGGACUUCAUAGCACAGCUUAUGCUCAAGAGCUCUUACCUAAAAUCCCGCCACCUAAACUUCCAAGGAAAGACACGGUCUCCACAAUUUUUAAAAUAUAGAGCUUUGCAACACAG